UCUCUGAGGUGGCUGGAGAGCUCAGAUCUUGCUAGAACUCAGGAGUCGUCGGAUCCUGAUAUACGAAAAUCAAAGAAAUAGUUAUAGAUUGAGAUAUCGAAUUUCAUCAAGAAUAAAGUUAAUGAGAAUGGUAGAGUUUUUCAUUGGAAAAAUGAGAAUUUUCAAAAGAUCCGAGCUCAUUAUUUUAUUUAUAUUCGUCAUCAUCCUAUCGAGCAACGCUGCGCCAAGACAACAAGCGUCUCUGACAAUCUCUCGUUCUCCGGAAGAUUCAACGAGUGCAAACGAGGAAAAACCACAAAUCGGCGAUCAUUACGAUCAACGUCAAAAUGGAACAGAAAAUUAUCGGAUUCACGUUGACGGACUUGUCCUGGUGGUGGCACCGAUCGAGGGUCUUCUUUUAGCCGGUGGACUUCCGGGCAUCGGAGAUUCCAGUAUUUUUGGAACACCCGGUCCGAGCGUCGAGAAACCGAAACCUGAGGAGGCACCGAUCGCGAUCAAACCAACGAGCGAAGCGAGCGUGGAAAAACCAUCGAGUGCCAAAUCGUCUCACGGCUCAGGUCUUCGGCUCAUAAAUCUUCUUACUCCAUUUCUCCGAAGAGUUCAUCAUCAGCAUCAGUGAGAAGAAAAACAUUAUCGGUUCCACCUAGACGCUGAAUACGAAGAAUAUAAAUACGAAGCUACGAACAAAAAACGACUUAUAAAUACGAUUAAUUUUACUUUAAAUCCAGUAGAUUCCAUUGAUAUUUUUUUAGAGAGAACGCAAAAAAUAUACCAAGACAAAACUUUAUUUGAUCAAAAAUUAAACAUACACGUCUCUGACCA